AAAAAAUAAAAAUCCAAAAUUUCAAAAGCUUUACAUUUUUGACAAUUUGAGGUUCUCUUCUCAAAAGAUCAUCUUUCUACAAACUCAGAUUAAAUGGGUUGCUCCAUCAGUAAAGACCCAAAACCAUCGAAGAAGACGAUACUCGAGAAACCAUUCGUGGACAUCAGAAAGCUUUACAUCCUCGAGGAACAAUUGGGUAAAGGCCAAUUCGGUAUAACCAGAAGAUGCAUAGAGAAAUCAACGGGUACGACUUACGCCUGCAAAACCAUACUCAAGACGAAUCUAAAGAAGGAAGAAGAUGAACAAGCCGUGAAGAGAGAGAUUCGUAUCAUGAAGCAUUUGUCUGGUCAACCAAACAUCGUCGUGUUCAAACGUGCUUACGAGGAUAAAGAGUCUGUACAUAUCGUUAUGGAGUUCUGUGGCGGUGGUGAGUUGUUUAAAAAAAUCGAAGCUUUAUCCGAUGCUGGCAAGUGUCACUCUGAGAAAGAUGCUGUUGAGAUGAUUAGGCCUAUUGUGAAUGUUGUAAAGGUUUGCCAUUUCAUGGGUGUGAUGCAUCGUGAUCUAAAGCCUGAGAAUUUUUUGCUCUCGAGUAAUGAUAAGAAUGCUGUGCUCAAAGCUAUUGACUUUGGGUGUUCUGUCUUUAUAGAAGAAGGAGAAGUAUACCGGAAGCGUGUCGGGAGUGCUUACUACGUAGCUCCUGAAGUAUUACAGGGAAAUUACGGGAAAGAAGCAGACGUUUGGAGUGCAGGGAUUAUUUUGUACAUCCUGCUCUGUGGCAAACCUCCCUAUGUGGCCGAAACUGAGCAAGAGCUGCUCAAAGAGGUAUUGAAAGACGCAAUUGAUUAUGAGAGUAAACCAUGGCCUUUGAUAUCUGUGAAGGCAAAACAUCUUGUCAAAAAGAUGCUUACUAAAAACCCCAAGGAACGGUUCUCUGCUGCAGAUGUUCUUGGACAUCCAUGGCUAAAAGACGGAGAAGCUUCAGAUAAGCCUAUUGAUGGUGUUGUUUUAUCCCGUUUGAAGGAGUUUCGACGUAUGAACAAGUUUAAGAAAGUAGCUCUAAAGGUUAGUGCAGCAAAUCUAUCAGAAGAGGAAAUCAAAGGUCUUAAGACACUGUUCACCAACAUUGACACCGACAAAAGUGGCACAAUUACUCUUCAAGAACUCAAAACAGGCCUGACCAGACUUGGAUCUAAACUCACUAAAACCGAAGUGGAGGAACUCAUGGAAGCCGCUGAUGUGGAUGGUAAUGGAACAAUCGACAUAGACGAGUUUAUCUCUGCGACGAUGCAUAGAUAUAAACUGGAUAGAGAUGAUCAUUUGUACAAAUUAUUCCAACACUUUGACAAAGACAACGACGGGCACUUAACAAAGGAAGAGUUGGAGAUGGCUAUGAAGGAGUAUGGUGUAAAAGAUGAAGAAGGUAGUAUCAAAGAAAUUAUAACCGAAUUCGAUAGCGAUAAUGAUGGAAAAAUAAACUUUGAUGAGUUCCGCACAAUGAUGAGAAGUGACAGCUGCCUGCGGGCAUAAGGGGAACUUCUUCCAAUCAAUUGAAUCAUAUCGGAGAAAACCAAAGUGAGAGAGUUAGUUUGAGCUGUCAAAUCCCUAUAACGGACUCAUUAAUUCUUUUCGUAUUUGUGUUAAUUGUGUUCAUUAUUAAGUGUGAUAACUUUGUCAAUAUGAUUCUAUAAAUAUUUGAGAAUAUUGGUAUCAAUUGUUACAUGAGAUGAGAGGCUCUUAU